CUUCUCAAUGGUCGAGGAACAUCUUGAUGAGUCAUGGGAAAGUAUUCUGUAGUAGACAGAUGAGAUAAAAAUGUUAUGGUCUGGAAGAAGAGCAUCCAAUUACAUCUGUGGUAGAAUGGAAACUCUGGUGUGUUUUGAACACAUUUGUGAUGGGACACCGCCCCAAAAGCAGGAAGCAGGAAGCGGACUACAGCGCAGGGCAUUCUGGACGCUGAGGAGCUGGGAGUCCUGGUCUCAGAGGUCCUGCUCUCCAUCUGGCCGCCGCAGCUGCGCUCCGCCGCCACCGUCAUAUAAGGUUGUUUUUUUUUUUUAAAUUUCUAGGGUGUCAACUUUCAGUCAAGCUUGAAGAAGAAACAUUUUGUGUAAACUCCGUGACGACUGCGCGCCGAACGAUCGACCGAAACAAAGGAUCUUCGCCUCUCGUCCCGCCGACUCCGUCAUAAUGCCUGGAGUUAGGGAACUCAUGGAGCUGAGGAGGGUCCCCACGCAGGGUGAUGAUGACAGCACCGCCAGCUUGGACGAGCAUUUCACAAGCACCACUGAUGUGGAGAAGUCCACCAUCGCCAGCAGGCAAUAUUUGGACGAAAACAACGAUGAGGAAGAAGAGAGGUUCUUAUCAAACGGGCUGAUGAAGAAGAAGAAAUAUGAGGAAGAAUAUCAUCCGGGCCACGCCUCCUUCGGCAUGUCGGUCUUCAACCUGAGCAACGCCAUCAUGGGCAGCGGCAUCCUGGGCCUGUCCUACGCCAUGGCCAACACCGGCAUCGUUCUCUUUACAAUCCUCCUGGUCGCUGUGGCCACUCUCUCCUUAUACUCUGUUCAUCUUCUCCUCAUGACGGCAAAAGAAGGAGGAUCUCUGAUCUACGAGACGCUGGGGCACAAAGCGUUCGGUUGGCCGGGAAAGAUGGCUGCCUUCAUAUCGAUAAUCAUGCAGAACAUCGGAGCCAUGUCCAGCUACCUCUUCAUCGUGAAGUACGAGCUCCCUGAAGUCAUCCGAACCUUCUUACGCUUAGAGGAGAAUUCAGGGGAAUGGUACCUGAACGGCAACUACCUGGUGGUAUUCGUGUCCAUCGGAAUUAUUUUGCCGUUGUCCCUCCUGAAAAAUUUGGGUUACCUGGGCUACACCAGUGGUUUUUCAUUGUCUUGUAUGGUCUUCUUCCUGGCUGUGAUUAUAUACAAGAAGACGCAGCUGCCCUGCCCUCUCCCUUUCAUGUACUCGUCCAACCUCAGCACGAACGCCAGCGACAUUUCCAGGCUGUACGCGCUGCAACACAACACGUCGCAGAUGGACUUCUCGCGCGCCGAUGUCUCCCCGGUGGUCACCACCGGCCAGGGCGACCACCACACCACGGGCGCAAGCUUCGAGCCUCACCCCGACGACAAGGAGAUGUGCAGGCCCAAAUACCUCGUCUUCAACUCUCAGACUGCAUACACUGUCCCCAUCCUGGCCUUUGCAUUUGUCUGCCAUCCAGAGGUGCUGCCCAUCUACAGCGAGCUAAAAGACCGAAGUCGGAAAAAAAUGCAGCGCGUCUCCAACCUGUCCAUCCUGGGCAUGCUCAUCAUGUACAUGCUGUCGGCUCUGUUUGGCUACCUCACCUUUUACGACUUCGUGGAGGCCGAGUUGCUGCACACCUUCACCAAAGUUUACAAGUUUGACACCAUGCUGCUGCUGGUGCGCCUGGCCGUUCUCACCGCCGUCACGCUCACCGUCCCCAUCGUGCUUUUCCCUAUCCGCUCCUCCAUCACCACGUUGCUCUUCAAGGGCCGUGACUUCAGCUGGACCCGCCACUUGGUGAUCGCCGCGCUCAUCCUGGCCUUCAACAACAUGCUGGUCAUCUUCGUUCCCACAAUCAGGGACAUCUUUGGCUUCAUCGGUGCUUCUGCAGCUACAAUGCUCAUCUUCAUCCUUCCUGCUGCGUUCUACCUUCGCCUGGUAAAGACGUUACCAUAUAACUCCUGGCAGAAGAUUUCGGCGGCGGUCUUCCUGGCCGUGGGGGUGGUCUUCAUGAUCGGCAGCUUGUCGCUUAUUGUUCUGGACUGGAUCCAUCACCCAACCGGCAGCAGCCACGCCCACUAAAGACCCCUCCUCCUCACUUUCGGAUUUACAUUUAAGAAAGCAGCCGUCAUUCUUUUCCAACCUCGCUACAAUCUUCGUCACUUCCCUCGAUUGAAUUAUUCAGAAAAUCUUCAGCGUAUCAGAUGUUCUGCUUCCUCAGAACAUCAUUUGGAGGACUUUUUUAUUAUUUCUUUUGUACGUUAGAAUGUAUCAACUUCAGACUUUGACGUAAUACGCCCUUACAGGCAGUCUGGAAUCAUCGUCGCGAUAAAGAUAUCGUACUUCCAGCUAUGAAGAUGUUGAGCAAAUCUUCCACCUGAAGAACAGCAUUGUGAUUGGACCGCGGGGCUGGAAAAGGUGAUGGCGUUUCCUGCCGUUUUCCUAAAAUUAAGCUACUUUUACAAAUGGAGUGUGUCGUCACCCAUGAAAAACAAGCACUUCGAUUACUUUUCAUUUAAGUGGAGAUGCAGUAGACACUCGUACAAAAAAAUGUGCACACAUAUCAAAACAUGUAUUUCUUUAAGCUACUGUCCAUGAAACAAAGACGGUUAAAUUGAUGAAAAACAAUGACAAAUCAGAAACCUUGCCAAGGUCUGCAUUCGUCAGGGACGAUUGUCUUGGCCAGCUGCACACAAGAAGGUGCUUUCAGUAUUAUUGUCAUGCAGAACUCUGAACAUGGAUGAGACAAAUGCACAUAAUCAGCUGCAACUACUGCAUUAAGUAGCAUUGUACAUAUCUCAGCCGACCUAUCAGAGUCCUCUGUUGUUCAGGUAACGUGAAGACAAAUGGUCAUUUCAAACAACAGGCCUGCUGGAACAACCUGCCAGACACAUAAAGUAGGGCGAGACUGCUGGAUGGAGAAUCACUUGUUACUUUUACGCAGAGUCAGCUGAAACAUCCAGAGGUAACUCGGAGUUUCAUCAGCGACAGCUGAAAUAGUUUCUCUAAAUAUCCGUAACAUCUACUCUCUUCUCUUGUUAUGUAUUUGUAUCGUAGCUCUUAACUCUCAGUUCAAACCUUUAUCAUGUGAAUGCUACAUUUGUAGCCAAGUUGCAGAUACCUGCUGAUAUGAGGCUGGAGACCGGCUGGCUUUUCUAGAAACUGGAGCUCGGAUUCGGAAGUGAUGUCAGAGCCGAGGGAAGCUCAUUACUUUAGCUAGACACCCGUUAUACGUAUGAGGUGUUGACUGAUGUCAUUACAGUUUCAAAAUGUGGUCCAGUUAAGGUUUUUUCCAACUUGGAGGAACUGGAGAAACAUAUUUUUCUAGCCUCAGAUUUGAGGUGGUAGCUGUACAUCAACAGAACAUUGUGGUUCGACUGAGAGGAAAACUGUACAAAUGGGGGCAGAUUAGAUGGAUAUGAAAGCCGUUACCCAAAAAAAUUACUUCUUACAUUUUUAAAUUUCACAUUUCAGGUUGAACUAUUUCCAAGUCAAGCCAAUGAACUACAACUUUUAGAGAAAGUAGUGAAGGAUUUGAACAGUAAUAAUGUCUGUUAUACUCAAAGUAAGUGCUAUGCUAAUCAGUAGGUGUUUGGUAAAUGUCUUUGUUAUGGUUUUGUGCUACAUCGGUUUUUAAGGAGUAACUUGAUUUGCAAUUGUCUUUUUCAUCAUUAUCAAAGGCUACAAAUAAUAUUAGGUAUCCCGAAGCUUUUAAUUUUAAAACCCCCAAUAAUUACCACUUGUCAAUAAUUUGGACAAAAGUGGACAAACACAACGUCUCAAUGUCAAAUUACAACAUCUUCCUAUUUUAGCAAUAGUAUCAUGAAUAGACACCAGCUGCAUUCUGCACAUUAUCCAUGCUAUGUUUCUGAAUUCUUUAUUAGCACACAUUUAAAGCCAAUACACUUAAACAAAUAUUAGGCGAUUUUAUAUUUAUGCUUUAUAGAUCUGGAAAGUCAUUCAUGUAGCUAAGAAAAGCUUUUUAUGAAAAUGCUACAUAUGAAGUUCAUCUAACAGCUACUUACUGAUUCUUGGCCAGAAGUCAACUAGCUGUUUACACAUGAAACUAUUUCAUAGUUUCACAAACUCUCAAAUGUACGUUUUUACAACAAAAAAUGUUUGGGGAUCAGGGUGUUAGAAAUUUAAAAUGAAUGUUAUACAUUUCUAAAGUAAUCAGUGUCUGUUCCCCCAAAUUGCUAACCCUCAAUAUCACAUUUUUUUCUAAAGGAUUUUUCCAUUUCAGCCAUGCUAGCUUAACCAUCUCUGGCUGCUAGCUGUAUAUCUAGCUCAUAAAUGUCAGACAUUUUUGUCUUUCUGCCUUAAUGUUUUGCUACAAAUUGAACAACAUGUAGUUUGCAUUUCUCUGAAACACAAAGUGGCUGUUCUGUAAACUGUGAUAGUUCAAGAGAAGUGACGUGUUGAAACGUACCUGGGUCACUCGCUAUUUGGCUAACAACACUGUUCAGUCGCUAAGCUAGAGUUUGUUACCAUUCAGCAAUUUGUUGUUACAAACGCCUUAAAUGCCUAUAACCUACAUUUUAAAACGGAGACCUAAAUUGUGCCUUUCGGAUGCUUUUUAUUUCUCUAUAUUUUUGGCAUUUUUAAAACACGUGCCUUUUGUAAAGUAGUUGGUGACGAUUCGCCUGAUUCCACCUUCAAUCGUUGUGCCGUUACGUGUCGCGAACACACCCCUGCCAAAGUGGACACUUAUAGAUCCUUUGUGGAUACGUGAAGCAAAUAGAUAUUUCAAAUGAAAUAGUGUAUUAUGUGCAUGUUUUUGGAUUACAAACGUGGUCUUUUUUUUUUUUUUUUUGGGAAAAUUGUACAUGCUGUGUAAAUAAUCCUUAUUUUAUGGUACACCGACAUUCAUCGCCGUUGAGUGGGUUGUGGGGGGUUGUACUUGAGAAGCCUUUUACAAUCAUUUGUUUUUAGUAUAUAUAUUAUAUAUAAAUGUGGAUGAGUGUUAGCCUUCUUUUGUGCUCUUGCUGUACGACAGUUGCUCGCUUUUUUUCUCUCGUUAUGUGGUGCUUGUACAUUUGUCGAAUGUUUUGACCUUACAUACAUAUUUUCACGUUUUAGCGUGACCUUUUCGGAUCAGAGCGCCUUACAUCUAUUGGAUCGCAAAAGCAUUAUUUUCUCAAAACACGUCAAAAUUUAGGCAGUACAGUUCGGUUUCGCUCCGGGUUCAAUAACGCUAAAUCAUGACAGCAAGAUAAUAAUUUCUUCUUACUUCAGGUUGACAAAAAUGCACAACAAUAUUUCAACUCCCCGCCGUACCGCGACAAUCGUUCAUAGCUGAAUAGCCUAUCUUACUGAGGCUUGCAAUGUGUAUCAAUGCUGUCCUAGAAACAUCUUUGGUGAAGUUUUGUUUUGUAUAACUUUACUUGAAUCAAAGCAUUUCUUAGCCUGAUAAAGCACUAAGAUGCCUUUCUUAUUGAAGAAGUGCCAUAAAUGUUCAGUAUUGAUUUUACAAAUGUGUUUUGACCUCAGUUAAAUGUAAGAGAUUCGUCGCCUCCUCAGGUUGGGUCGUCUUACGAAGAAGUAUAACUACCCACACUACACAUUGACCCCCUCUGAGUAUCUCAGGGUCGCGGUCUGGAUUCACUUGCCCCCCCACACGUUUGCGUACAGCGUCGAAGAAUUUUACCUCAGCCUAUGCUGCACAGGCAGACGCAUUUUGUACUUGCACAGACAAACGGCCUCCUUGUGCUUUUUCUGAAGCAGACACCAGCAAAGCCGAUUUGAGGGAAGGGUGAACAAAACCGCCUCGGCCUUAGUUUUCUACGGACCCUCAGGCACGGAGAAGCACUGGCUCAAUGUUUUUGCUGUUCCCAGUGUCUUUACUCCCUGUGGAUCAGGCUAAACGUUCAGAUUUGUAAUUUACUUAGUGUUUUAUUAUUAUUGUUGUUUUUUUUUUUGUAUGAGUGAUGCUAUUUCAUUACGAUGAACAAUAAAAUGUGAAAAGAGAAAUAAAAUUGUCUUGUUUUUUUA